AUGGUUUGCAGUGUGGUUGUUAUUUCAUUCCUCUGUCCAACAGCGCCAUACACGGACGAAUGUGGCAACUUUGGAGUUCUAUGGAACUGUAGUGGACUUAAUGCAGACAGAAUCCCCGAAAAAAUACCACAAAAGUUACGAAACCGCUAUGUGAUUUUGGAUUUGUCAUUUAAUAGAUUUUCUAUUUUAACAGAAAUGACGUUUAAAAAUCUUGCUGGGUUUUCAGUUGUGUCAUCCAUAAUCCUUAAUCAUAACAAAAUUACAAACAUCGAAAAUAAGACCUUCCAUAGACUUUCUAGUUUAUGCAGUCUAGAUCUUUCAAGUUGUGAGCUUGUUAAAAACGGAAUAGAAGUUGAAGCUUUCUCCUAUAUACACAACCUAAAGUUCCUUCGACUUGAUCAAAAUAAUUUCCAGUCAGAUGGAUACCCGGAUGUUGCCCUUUCUGCAAUUCAGUCAUUAUCGAGUCUUCAUAUCGACAUUUUCAACGAAUUUUUAUUUACAGCACCAUUUGAAAACUUAACAAACUUAUCUGAAUUACACUUUCAUAUUUUGAAUGAUUUAAGCUUGACAAAUACAUCAUUUUUAGGACUCCGGCGCUCCAAAAUUUAUCGCCUUGAUAUGUUUUUUCAUGGUCACGUAUUUUGUGACGUCAAUGAAGAUCUAUUUUGUUCCUUUCCAUAUUUAACGGAAGAGGUAACUAUUGACUUUGGUGGAAAGUGUGACAUUACUCCGGCCUUGCGCUCACUAAAAUGUUUCCAGCAUCACAAUAUUGGAAAAAUUGUUAUGGAUCAAAACACUAAAGAUCUUGAAACAGGUAUCAUAGUUUUAGAUGAUUGGUUGUCAGAAUAUCUUAUCAAUGUCUGUACCAGUACUUUAUCUUUGGUUGGCAAUGGCAUUAACUAUAUCAAUUUUCAUAUUGACAAUACAACUUUUUUGAAUUGCCUACAGUAUAUAGAUUUAAGAAGAAAUCAUUUGCAUGGUGUGGAUAUGUCAUACUUCCUUACUGUGUUAUCAGCUCCAAAAAUUAAGAAUAUAAAUGUGUGUUGCAAUGGCCCACAACCCUUGGAAAACCAGUUGAGUAUCUAUAAAUAUAAUAGAUCAAUAAUCUCUAUAAAUAUAACACUGUCGAAAAAUCUUGAACUUCUAGACAUUUCGAGAAAUUAUAUACAUAACGUAAAAAGAUGGACACCUAGUUUCAAACUUAUCGGUGUAAGAUUACAAGAAUUGUACAUUCAAGAAACAAAUUUUUUCCUGGCAUACGUCGACCAAUUUCUCAACAUAUCGGGUAAUAGCUUUGAAAAAGUACACUCAGAUUUAUUUCAGCAUUCUCGAGGAAUUCAGAGCUUAUAUGCGAUUGGCAUGAAUCUAAAUUUCACAGAAAAAUCAAAUUCGAAAAAUAUAUUCAGAAAUCUAAAAAAUCUUUCUUCAAUCGAUUUUUCAAGAAACAAAUUGAAUUAUUUACCUUUCUCUCUUUUGAAAGACCAGCAUCAUUCUUUAAUAAAAAUAAACCUAGACAAUAACAAAUUUUCAAACAUUCCUGACACCUUCGAAUAUAUGCAGAAUUUGAAAUAUCUGCAUUUGCGAUACAAUUUGAUAUCGGAGUUCUCAAAUAAUGACCAAAAUAUCAUUAAAACAUUUAUUGCAAUAUCAAUUUUUAUAGAAGGCAAUCCGAUUUCUUGUACCUGUUCAGCUAUUCAGUCUUUGAGAUGGAUGAGAAGUCACAAACAUGUAUUUUCUGAUAUUGAUAAAACGUUAUGCGCAGGAAACCGAGUACCUGUCAACCACUUAUUUGAUAAUGAACCAAUCUGGAAAAAAUUCGAUAAAGAAUGCCAAACUAAACAAUGGCUUAUUUUCUCUGUGGUGUUGAUUUUGAUUACUUUGUCUGUACUUAUUAUAGUAACUGCUUUACGAAGAUACCGUAUACACGUGGAAUAUGUUAUACUGCGACUUAAAAACAGAUGGAAGGGUGUUCAUUUACAGAACAAAGAAAACAACUACAUUUAUGAUGUAUUUGUGUCUUAUUCUGAAGAAGACUCUAUGUGGAUUGUUCAUUCUUUGUACCAAAAAUUAAAAAGUUUGAACAUCAAGGCGUGGCUUAAGGAUAAAGAUUCAACUCCAGGAAAAUGGGAGGCAGAAGAAAUAGUGAAAUGUAUAAAUGAAAGUCGAAAAGUGUUGUUUGUGAUCACCGAAUGUUUUCUGGAGAGUGGUUGGGCCUCAUACGCCGUCCAGAUGGCGGUCACUCACGCCUUCCACAACCAGCGUCAGAGUUCCAUUGUUGUCAUCAUCAAAGAUGAUAUACCGUUAGAGAGACUCCCGAACGAUAUCAAAAAUAUAUUUUGGUGUAUUGAGUAUUUGAGGUGGCCUACAGAACGUGAAAGCGAUGAUUUAAUAAUGGUGGAGUUAUCUAGUUUGCUUAAACCUAUUGAUGUGUAA